AUGGCGGCUGCCGCGCACGAAGCAGGCAUCACCCACCGUGUUGCUGCCAGUGGCAGCAGGGACGACGGCGCAAACGACAGCGCGGCGGCGGUCUCGGGUCCCAACAAGAAGCCGGGCGGCGGCGGCCGCGCCAGCAGCAGCAGCAGGCGCGGGCUCCGUUCGCUCGCCGCCGCGGUAUCCCUCUCCGCGGCGCUGACGGCGCUGUCCUUCUUCGCCGCGAGCUACUCCUCGCCGUCGCCGGCACCACCCAAGGCCGCCGCCACGGCGUCGACGACGACGGUGGCGAUGGUGCGGGCGGGGUCGGUGGCGUCGGAGGCGGUGCUGGCGCUGGCGGCGUGGAUGGCGUGGGCGGAGGGCGGGGUGCACGCGCGCCCGGCCGCCACGCUGCUCCCCUACGCCGCGCAGCUGGGCGCCGCGCUCGCGUGGGCGCCGCUCGUGCUGGGCCGCCACGCCGCGCCGCGGGCCGGACUCGCCUGCUGUGCCGCCAUGGCCGCGGCCGCCGUCGCGUGCGCGCGCGGGUUCGGCGCCGUGAACCCCGUGGCGGGUGAUCUCGCCAAGCCCGCCGUCGCCUGGGCCGUCAUCCUCGCCGUCGUCAACUACAAGAUGCUCUGA